AUGGCGGCGUUUGUUACAGAAUUGUUAAAUCCUGGCAAUUACUUGGGAGGAGUGAGGUUUGAUCCUGAGCGAGAUAUACAAGACCUGGCAGGCAAAGUUGUUUUGGUAACUGGAGGAAAUGCUGGACUGGGGAAGGAAUCCAUCCUCCAGUUAGCGAAGCAUAACCCGGAGAAGAUAUUCCUUGCAGCACGCUCGAAAGCAAAGGCAGAAAGUGCCAUUAGCUCUCUCAAAGGACAGCUCUCGAAUAACGUGAACAUUGCAUGGCUUCCUCUGGAUCUGACAUCUGUCCAAUCCAUCAAAGAUGCAGCCCAGCAAUUCUGCGCACAGUCAUCACGGCUCGAUAUCCUAAUGCUCAACGCAGGUGUGAUGGCGCUUCCGCCAGGGGAGACAGAAAUGGGUCAUGAGAUCCAACUUGGUACAAACCAUACUGGCCACUUUCUUCUGACCAAGCUCCUGCUCCCGACCUUGUUGAGAACUGCUCAGGAGCCGAACUCAGAUGUGCGGGUUGUCUCAUUAUCUUCAAUUGGACAUAAUCUCGCACCAUCAUUUGAAACCAUCGUGGAUCAGGACAAGUUGAAAAGAGUCCAUACAAACCUUCGAUAUGGAGCCUCCAAGGCAGCCAACAUUCUGUUUGCUGCCGAGCUUGCAAGGCGUUUUCCUUCAAUCACCUCUGUAUCCGUUCACCCGGGUAUCAUAUUCACGGAUCUUUACGGCCCUGCGAGCGAGUUCUCUACCGUCGCUGCCUUGAGUUCGAAAUUGCUAAGCAUUUUUGGAACGCCGGUCCGUGCGGGAGCCUAUAACCAGCUAUGGGCCGCUGCGGGUGCGAAGAAGCAGGAUCUCGUCAAUGGGGCGUAUUAUGUCCCAGUAGGGAAGCUCAAGGCUCACAAUGAAUACACCAAAAACGAAGAGCAAGGGCGACGUCUCUGGGACUGGACUGAGGCUGAGCUACACAAGUUUGGAGCGCUUACUUGA